GACCCGGGAGUGAAAUGUAGAAGGCCGGAAGUGCGGGUGCCGGGGGAUUUGACCUGUGUCUGGCUGCUGCUGUCAUGCGGUUGUUCCCGGGACUUCUGGUGUCUCAUGGCAGGGUGGCCCGGCGGAUGGGGCUGGGGCCCCGAUCCCGGCUAGAUAUGAUGCGUAAUCUCCUCACCGCUUUGGUCAGACAUGAGAGGAUAGAGACCGUCUGGGCCCGGGCCGAUGAGCUGACCUUCUAUGCUAACAAGAUUAUUGAUUAUGGAAAGCGCGGAGAUACUAACGAGAAAGCAAUGAAGAUGGCGGACUUCUGGCUGACGGAAAAGGACCUCAUUCAUAAACUUUUCAAGGUUCUGGUUCCUCGCUUCAGCUCACACAGUGGCAACUACACAAGCAUGUACCAAAUCCCGAACCGAGAGAACCUGGACCGAGCCAAAAUGGCUGUAAUAGAAUACAAGGAAAACCCAUUUCCACCUUUGCCUGUUAACAAGAGGAACAAUGAAAAAUCUCUCAUUAACCAGCUUCUGCUGGGCUACCGCCAAGAGAACAGCCUACAGGAGUCAUCCUCCUAAUCUGCCGGCAUUCCCCAGGAUUUCUCCUGUACACAUUGUAUGAUGAAGCCUUUACCGUGAACUCUUGUAUUUUUUGCUAAAGAGAAGAAAUAAAUACAGAAUGAAGCAAUAUAAA